GGCCAGGCUUCACUAAACAAACAUGCUAAGGAUAAAAUAUCCACGGUCCGCCUCCGUUUCCUGACUAAGAUGUGACGUCAGCCUAGAGGGAAAAGGGGGGCCCACUGAGAUCCCCUCACUAUCUGCUGAGGAUGUGAGAGGCUGUGGCUGCUUCUGCACCACCCACUUCAUUUCCCCACAAUCAACAGGAAGACUGGAGGCCAAACAGAGCGGCCACACUCUGCAGGAGAGGAAGGACGUAGACGUCCAGCUGUACAGUCCGAACAAAGGGAAAACAAUCAAGGCAAAGGAAUGAGCAAGAAUCAGAAAGAAGUGAAGAAAAUCAGUUCAGUUUAUCUGCAGAACUUGGAGAGACUAAACCAGGGGAUAAAGCCAGACAAGAAGGGCUGGAAACCAAAGGAAGGAGAGUUUGCUGUGCAAACGGUGAUGGAAAAGCUGCGGCAGCCACCCAUAGCUGGAAAAGUGACCAAAAGCUCAGCACACACACACAGAAUCAGCAGAGAUCUGACCUGCUCCAUCUGCUUGGAUCUUUUCAAGCAGCCGGUGUCUUUGCCCUGCGAUCACACCUUCUGCCAGGCGUGCAUUGAGGGUUACUGGAGCGGUCCCCGGGGCCCCGGGCAGGGAGGCACGGGCUCUUGCCCUCAAUGCCGGAAGGUGUACCCCGGACAAAGCUACAGGCCCAACCGCAUCGUCGCCAACAUAGUGGAGAGCUACUGUCAGGGUCUGGAGGAGAGUGGAACUGCACCCUGCCCGCCAGAUGUUGGGGCGACAGAGAGGGCUCCUGCUCCGGUGCCACGCUGCAGCAGACACAGAGAGGAGCUGAAGCUUUACUGCGAGGAGGACCAGGAGCUGGUGUGUCUGGUGUGUGGUCUGUCCCAGGAGCACAGAAAUCACACCAUGGUGUGUGUCCAGGAGGCUGAGCAGAAGUACAGGGCGUCUCUGAACAGCUCCAUGGAUUCCCUAAAAGCUGAGCUCAACACAGCGCUGCAGUACGACAGGGAGGCAGAGGACGAGGUCAAAAAGCUGAAGGAGCACACUGCUGACCUCAAGCAGCGCAUCGAGGCCCAGUUCAGCGACCUGCACCAGUUCCUGUACCAGGAGGAGAAGCUGCUGCAGGUGAAGCUGAAGACGGAGGAGCGCAGAGAGCUGAUCCGCCUGGACGAGCACAAGGCCCUGCUGUGCGUGGAGAUCUCCCGUCUGCAGAGAGCCGUCCACGAGAUAGAGGACAAGCUGAAGGAGCAGGACCCGUUCACUCUGCUGCGGAGCAUCAAAGUCCUCCUCCAGAGGCCUUCGCUGAAGUUUGAGAAACCUGCUUUCACACCGCCCAGUCUGUGCGAGGGUCGGUUUGCGGGGCCCCUGCAGUACAGAGUGUGGAAAUCCAUGAAAGGAAGCAUUUAUCCAGUUCCAGCAGCCAUCACGUUUAACUCCAGCACUGCCAACCCAUGGCUCAGCCUGACCUCCUCCCUCACCUGUGUUCGCUACCAGACCUUUAACCACACCGUGCAGGACAACCCUUACAGGUUCAACGCCGCCCUGUCACUGCUGGGGAGCCAGGGCUUCACCCACGGACGCCACUACUGGGAGAUUGAAGUCUACAGCAGCACAGUGUGGACUGUGGGAGUGGCGCGAGAGUCGGUGCCCAGAAAGGGAGUCAUCAAAGCCCUCCCGGCCAAUGGCUUCUGGACUCUCUCCCUCUCUUAUGGGAUACAGUAUAUGGCUGGCACGUCACCCCCGAAGGUCCUGUCCCUGGAGGAGCCGCUGGCUCGGAUCGGUGUGUACCUGGACUACAAGAGGGGCCUGGUGUCCUUUUACAACGCAGAGAGCAUGACACACCUCUACACCUUCAGGGAGACCUUCAGGGAGACACUGUACCCUUACUUUAACUUGGGCUUUCUGGAUAAAGUGCAUGAGAAUGAGCCUCUCAAAGUGUUCUUACCCAAGAUUUAAGAACUGUGACAACAAAAGAAAAAGGGAACAAAAGAAACAUGUUUUUUUUUUAGUAAAUAGUUGCCAAAAAACAUGAAAAAAACUACUUUCUAUUGUACACAAAUAGAGUAAACAGUGGAUUUGUAAUUGUCAAACAUUAAAUAUUGAUAUUAUCUGUCCAUAAGAAACAGGUGUAUCUUGAAGGGGCCCUGGGGAGUUCUCUUGUAAACAAACAAAAGUUCUGUUUAUAUUCAGUGUUAGUCAUUAAAACACAUCGCGUGCAGCUCGCCGUCUUCAUCUUCUCUGCCUUUGCUGUCAUUGCAGCAUCUCUUGGCAUGUAACUGCCACCCAGAACCAUAAUAAUGCACGUUCCCCCACCAAUAUACAAAUAUGCUUCAAAUUUCCCUUCAGUAUACUGAUAUAUAAAAUGUUUAAAACACUGCUAUGCUGUGGGUCGACACAAUCAAUGUCAAACACUGUCUCUCUGUUUCAUCACUCAUUACUAAUUAUUGAAAGGUAGAAAACAGAAAGGAGUAUUGUUAAGUAGACUAUGUCACUCAGUAUGAUAGAGAGCCUAGGAAACGAGAGGGGAGGAGCUGAGUGCAGAGGAGACUUGGGGAGGAGAUGAGAGAACGGCAGAGGAAACACAAGAGAAAAAAAAGAUGGCUGGACACGGCAGCCAAGCACAGGACAACACAGGACCAGAGGAGAGGAGAAAAUGACCGGAAAGGAGAGCAGAGCUUGUUUCCUUGUAAAUAUCUGAACUUAUCUUCAUAUGACAAUGCAUAGAUGAUCUGUACAGCCUCGCCACUCCCUGUUGAUCAGUGGAAUGACAUUCACCCAAAACAGGGACCCACUCGUAAAACAACAGCUCCGUUACAGAUAGAAAUCAAAACUUUGCGGGGAAACUUUAAGUAAUAUUUUUAUUCAACACAUAAUUCAGUUUGUAGACUGGAUCUACUGCCACACAUUUCACUUCGGAGAAGCUGAGCUUCAGUGAAGAGCGUGAAACUGUCUGGUCACCUGACUGCAAUGUGCUUCAUGUACUUUGUUUUUUUUAAAUCAGUUAUCUUUCUUAUGCAUGAUACACUUGAUACAUUCGAUAUCUUCAUCACUAUAUACUGUAAUGUUUUAGACAUGUUGAAAAUUAUGCAAAGAUGUGCUGUUAAGAAUUUAACAAGUUGAUUUCAUGGUGCCGUAUCAUACUAAUCACGUAUUUGGUGCUUUCGAGGAUCUUGGGAGAUGUCAAGCUCUUUGAUUUGAGCCGGUGACAGAACAGUUAUACAACAAGUAAAAGCAACUUUGGUUUAAUAGUCUCUUUUAUGUGACUAGACGGUUAUAAUUUUGUACUUGUGGUGCUACAUGGCAGUACUAACUGUCUACCCUGGUUGAUCUUAGGGCUGAUGCAUGUUAUAUGGCACCCAGUGUCACACAGAAUUAUACGAUCGAUAUUUUAAUAAAAGCAAUUUUUUUGAAACUGUU